CCUCUCGCCUUGCUCUUUCGCUUGCUCAGCGUCGCGGGCGGCGGGAGCGCGGCCCGCAGGCCCCGGCAUCCUGGACCGCAGGUUGUUGGAUUCUUACUUAAAAUGGAAGUUGACAUUAAUGGAGAGGCCAGAUCUAUGCUAGCUCCCCUCCCCUUGCCUAUCGCUGACGUGAGUGCUACAAGCAAAACAGACAACGAGAAACCUCGCUGCUCCAGCACCCCAUGCUCACCAAUGCGCCAGACUGUUUCAGGUUACCAAAUCCUCCACAUGGAUUCUAAUUACUUGGUUGGCUUCACUACUGGAGAGGAGCUCCUGAAAUUAGCUCAGAAGUGCACUGUAGAAGAACAGAAUAAAGUUGAAAUGAUAGGGCCUACUUUGCGCUCCAAACAGCUUGAUUCAGGACUUUCUCGUUCUUCCCGAGUGUGCAAAGCCAGAAGCAGAUAUUACCAGCCUUAUGAGAUCCCAGCGAUCAAUGGCCGUAGAAGGCGACGGAUGCCCAGCUCAGGGGAUAAAUGCAGCAAGCCACUACCUUAUGAACCAUACAAGGCAUUUCAUGGUCCUUUGCCUCUCUGCCUUUUCAAAGGUAAAAGAGCUCACUCAAAAUCCCUAGACUACCUCAAUUUAGACAGAAUGAACAUCAAGGAACCGGCUGAUACAGAAGUGCUUCAGUAUCAGCUCCAGCACCUCACCCUGAGAGGGGACCGUAUGUUUGCUAGGAACAACACAUGAACAUAAACCAUCCUUUGUUCUUCACUGCAUCAAGAUUGUCUAUACAAUGUAGGCAGUCAUGCACUUGGUACCUGGUUGGAUCAGAAAAGUGUUUUGUUAGACCAUAGCAUAGGAAGAUGAGGUGUAUGUUUGUGUGUAUGUUUGUGCAUGUGUGUGCGUGUGCAGAUGUGUGUGUGGAAACCACAGAAAGAGGAAGUACUGAAAAGUUCUAACAAGAAAUUUCUUUGGAAUAGUGUAACAAAACAAAAUGUUUUGCACAUGGAUACCUGAUAUGACAAUUUUAACACUCAAAAAUUGAUGUAAUGUGAAUUAUGUUUCUGACUGAGCUUGCUGUAAGAAUUUACUCAUGGAUCAGCACUGAAAUAUAUUAUUUAAUAUUAAUCAUACGUGCAUAUGCAAUGAGUUUUGCAUUAUAAGACAAAAUGUUUCACUAAAACCAUGUGUUCUUUAAAAUAAUCCAGUUUGUACUCACUGUAUCUGGAUUUGCACUGGCAACAAAAGAAAAAAAUGCUAAUGAAAUUAAGCCUCAGUACUUACAUUACUAGAGCUGACUGUUUUUAAAUGUAUAAUUGAAUUACUACUUGGAUUUCAAACUAAUUUCAGUGUGAUUUUUUUUUUAAAAAAAAAAUCCUAAAAUGUGUUUUGAAGAAAAAAAUAUUUAAAGAAAAUUACUGACUUUAAUUUUGUAUGUUUUUUAAAUAAUUAUCUUAACACAGAAACCUUUAUAGUGUAUUGUAUGUAUGAAUAUACAUAUACAUAUAUACAUACACAC